CUGACUUGUGUUACCACCACCCCGCUGUUUAUUCUGAGUGUUUCCUCUCCCUCUUCCGUUCCGCUGCGUCCACACCGGUCGUGAAGAUGCACCGGUACCGUCCUGCCCAGGGAAUGACGUUGUUAUUGCCGGUAGCUUUGUGGAUUUUCUGCCAUGUCAACGGUGUGCACGGAGCUUUGCCAACAACCCCAAAGUGUGAUGAGGCUCUAGCCUCUCCUCUGCCUCACACAGCCUUCACCAGCUCAUCUGUCUUCUCCAAUGGAUAUGCACCUGGAUAUGCCAAGCUCAACAGGAGAGGAGGUGCUGGUGGAUGGUCACCUCUGGACAGUGACCAUUACCAGUGGCUACAGGUGGACCUGGGUUCCAGGAAGCAGGUGAGCGCCAUAGCAACACAGGGUCGCUACAGCAGCUCUGAUUGGACGACACGGUACCGUCUUCUCUACAGUGACACAGGGCGGAACUGGAAACCGUAUCACCAAGAUGGCAACAUUUGGGCCUUCUCUGGGAACUCCAAUUCGGAGAGCGCAGUCCGCCAUGAGCUGCAGCAGGAGAUCGUGGCUCGCUUCCUCAGACUCGUCCCGCUGGACUGGAGCGAGGAGGGACGGAUUGGUCUUCGCAUAGAAGUCUACGGCUGCUCCUACUGGGCGGAUGUGAUCAACUUUGAUGGACAGGGUGUAAUCUCAUAUCGUUUUAAGAUGAAGAAGAUGAAGAUCAUUAAGGAUGUGAUUGCACUGAGGUUCAAGACGUCAGAAAGCGAGGGUGUGAUUCUCCAUGGGGAGGGACAGCAGGGAGACUACAUCACCCUGGAGCUUCACAAGGCAAAGCUGCUGCUGCAGAUAAACCUGGGUAGUAACCAGUAUGGCUCUAUCAUGGGUCAUACCUCUGUGACCACUGGCAGCCUCUUGGAUGACAAUCACUGGCACUCAGUGGUGAUUGAGCGCUACCGUCGUAAUGUCAACUUCACCCUGGACAGACACACUCAGCACUUCAGGACCAAUGGAGAGUUUGACCAUCUAGAUUUGGACUAUGAGUUGAGUUUUGGAGGGAUGCCAUACAGUGGGAAGCCAGUUGGAGGAGGGAGGAAGAACUUUAAAGGCUGCAUGGAGAGCAUCAACUACAACGGAGACAACAUUACGGACCUGGCCCGCCGAAAGAAGCUAGACACCUCCAGCUUUCGUAACCUGUCCUUCUCCUGUCUGGAGACCCACAACUUCCCAGUCUUUUUCAAUGCCACCAGCUUCCUGCAGCUGCCAGGUCGAGCCAGUCACAACAUAGUGUCCGUGGGUUUCCAGUUUCGUACGUGGAACUCUGAUGGACUCCUCCUCUUCAGUAAUCUUGAUGACGGCACGCUGGAGAUCUCCCUCGAGGACAGCAAGAUCGUAGUUCAUAUCAAUGUGUCCAAGGCGACAAAAAACUACCAGGUGGACUUAUCAUCAGGUUCAGGCCUUAACGACGGACAAUGGCAUGCAAUACGUUUGGUCGCCAAGGAGAACUUUGCCAUGUUGACGUUAGAUGGCGACGAGGCGUCCGCUGUGCGCUCCACCUCACCUCUCACCAUCACCACAGGAGGAACCUAUCACUUGGGAGGGUAUUUUCUACAGACCCUCUUCCCGCCCUCCCGGCGUUCCCUCCAGGGCUGCAUGCAGGCAAUCCUGGUGGAUGAUCAACCUGCUGAUUUGCAUGCAGUGGAAAAAGGCACUGUGGGAGCCUUUGAAAAUAUCAGCCUAGACAUGUGUGCAAUCAUAGACAGGUGUAUGCCUAAUCACUGUGAACACGGCGGCAGGUGUAAACAGACAUGGGAUAGUUUCAGCUGUACCUGUGAUGGGACAGGAUACACUGGAGCCACGUGUCACACUUCUGUCUAUGAGCCAUCAUGUGAGGCCUAUAAGCAUUUGGGCAGGUCCUCUGACACCUACUGGAUAGACCCUGAUGGCAGCGGACCCCUUGGCCCCUUCAAAGUCAACUGCAACAUGACAGAGGACAAAGUAUGGACAACAGUUAUGAACAACCUGCCACCUAAAACUACAGUGACUGGCUCCAGUAGAGAGAGACGCACUGUGCUACAGGUCAACUACAGCGCUUCAAUGGACCAGGUGACAGCUAUCACCACCAGCGCAGAAUACUGUGAGCAGCAAAUCACCUACAGCUGUCAAAAGUCCAGACUCCUCAACACUCCAGAUGGGACCCCCUACACGUGGUGGGUGGGCCGGGGCAGCGAGAAGCACUUCUACUGGGGCGGCUCGGGACCUGGCAUCCAGAAAUGUGCUUGUGGCAUCGACAGGAACUGCACUGACCCCAAAUACGACUGCAACUGCGACGCCGACCUCACACAAUUGAGAGAAGAUUCUGGACUCCUGAUAUAUAAGGAACACUUACCAGUCAGCCAGAUUGCCGUAGGUGACACUAACAGACCGGGAUCUUUGGCCAAGCUGACUGUUGGACCACUCCGUUGCCAGGGAGAUAAUAAUUAUUGGAACGCUGCAUCUUUCACCACCCCGUCAUCCUACCUCCACUUUGCCACCUUCCAGGGUGAGACCAGUGCGGACAUCUCUUUCUACUUCAAGACCAGCGCACCCUACGGCGUCUUUCUGGAAAACCUGGGCAACACUGACUUUAUCCGCUUGGAGCUAAAAUCUCCCAAGGUGGUCUCUUUCUCCUUCGAUGUUGGAAACGGACCCGUGGAGUUAACAGUGCAUUCAGCCAUGCCCCUCAAUGAUGACCAAUGGCAUCGUGUGAUGGCUGAGCGAAACGUGAAAGAGGCAGUCCUUCAUUUGGAUCAGAUCUAUCGGGCAUCUCGGCUUGCUCCUGCGCAGGGGCACACGCGGCUAGAGCUGUUCAGCCAGCUCUACGUGGGUGCGGCAGGGGGACAGAGGGGGUUCCUGGGCUGUAUCAGAGCCCUACGGAUGAACGGCAUCACCCUAGACCUUGAAGAGAGGGCCAUGGUCACGCCUGGGGUCAAGCCCGGUUGCCAAGGCCACUGCACCAGUUUUGGGAUGUAUUGCCGCAAUGGAGGGAAGUGUGUGGAGAGGUAUAACGGCUACUUGUGUGACUGCACCUCUACUGCCUAUGACGGCCCAUUCUGCACCAGAGAUGUUGGGGGUUUCUUUGAGGCAGGAACGUUGAUCAAGUACAACUUCAUGUCCGAAGCAGUUGCGGGAGCCAGUAGAGACACAAAGAUUACGACGCACCAGCUGACGCCACAAGAAGUGAAUCUGACGAAGGAGGAUGUCGCUUUCAGUUUCAGCACAUCCAGUGCUCCAGCUAUUCUGAUGUAUGUCAGCUCCAAGACGCAGGACUAUCUGGCUGUAGUGUUAAGGCAGAAUGGUUCAAUGCAGGUGCGGUAUAACCUGGGAGGUCUGAAGGAGCCAUUCACUAUUGAUGUGGACCAGCGUAACCUGGCCAAUGGACAGCCUCAUAGCAUUAACAUGUCCCGUGUCAACAGAAGCAUCACCAUCCAGUUGGAUCAUUACCCCCCAGUCAGCUACACCCUCCCAGACGCCUCAGACACACAGUUCAACCUGGUCAAGACGCUGUUCUUGGGCAAAGUCUAUGAAACUGGACACGUGGACCAGGUCGUCAUCGAGCGUUACAACACCCCAGGCUUCGUCGGGUGUUUGUCGCGGGUACAGUUCAACGGAGUCGCCCCCCUCAAGUCUGCUCUGAGAACAGCCACACAGGCUCAGGCCACACCGACAGACGAUCAGCCAGACAGACAACCUGAAGGCGCAUCGCCGGUGUCUUACCAAGGCAAACUGGUGGAGUCCAACUGUGGGGCGUCACCUCUCACCAUCCCACCAAUGUCUGCUGCAACAGAUCCCUGGCAUCUGGACAACACAGAUGCUGAGUUCCCCUUUAAUGAGGAGAGGGUGAUUCCUGAUGGAGUCAACAGGGACUCGGCCAUCAUCGGAGGUAUCAUUGCGGUGGUGAUCUUCACCAUACUAUGUACUCUGGUGUUCCUGAUCCGCUACAUGUUCCGCCACAAAGGCACCUACCACACCAACGAGGCCAAGGGCAGCGGGGAGUCCGCUGGAGAAUCAGCGGACACGGCCAUCAUUGGCACCGAUAACCCAGAAACCAUCGACGAAUCAAAGAAGGAGUGGUUCAUCUAACAGCCAAUGACGGGACUUUGAGAGAGGAAGUGACUCGUCAGACUACAAGUUGCCACAGAAAUGGAGUGGGUUAUACUCAAUGACCAAUCACGGGAGAGAUGGUGGAACGACCGUUCAACAGGACAAUAAUCUCCCAGAGAGGGCGGGAAAGUGGGGAAGACGUGUACAGGAAUCUUUUUUGUUUGUUUGUUUGUUUGUUUUGUUUUUUUUAUGCAUCCAGAGUAUUAGACAGAGAAGACGGACAGUUACUGAGUGGAGCACGGCUAUAAGAGACUGUACAUGUAUAUACUAACCGGCUUGUCCUUCUUUGUAUCGUGCUUGGGAGUUUUCGGGAGUCCUUUGAAUACUGUAUAUGACAAAUAAUUAUACUUACUGGGUCGUGUGAUAGCACAGAUUUAUUUCCAGUCUCUGUUGCAUUUUGAUUUUAUUUUUUAACAAAAAUCUUAUAUCAAAAAUGAUCAAAUCAACAUGCCAAACCCCUUUUUUUUAUUUCAUCAGGCUAUGGUUGCACCAGUCAGUCAACACUCAUAUCUGUCAAAUGACAAGCCACUAUUAAUGUGGUAAUAUAGAGUUGAAUAUGGAUGCCAAAAGUCCCUUUGUAAAUACAAUAUUUUGUGUUGUUUUUUCUUUUUCUCAAAAGAUUUAUUCAGAGUCCAGUACAUAAACACUAAUGAGAAAUUUCAUAUCUAUAUUACAAUUAUAUCAUAAGUCUGUCCAUUAUAAAUGUGUGAAAUAUAGAGUUUUAUGUUUAAAUCUUAUGACAUUCGAUUGUAUGGGACAUUCCUUUCUGAGGAAGGGCAGAGAGGGGUUUCUCAGAGCAUGAUGGGAAAUCAUGACACUCCAUGGUUGGUUUAGCUCAGCGCGGCAGCUCUCUUUUCAUUUGGAAUCGGUGAAACCGUGAGCCUUUACUCAUUCAGACUUGAGAGGUCGGUAUGUUUCUUUGCCAAACACUUGAGUCUUAUGUCAUUCACCGAUCGACCCAGAUUUUUGCAUUAAUUGUUUGACUUUGCGUUAAGGAAUUUCUUUGUAUGUCUUUACAUCCUACACUGGCGCUGUGGGCUGUACGUGUACAGUGCGUGCAUGCAUCUGUGAGUAUAUGUGUAGGUCAGAUGAACAGGAUUUAUUAUAUUGGACAAAAUGACUGCCAGCAAAGACAGAUUGAACAACAUGCCUGACAUUUAAUGGGUUGUAUUGAUGUACUAAACACCAUGCAUUUCAUGGUUGAAGCAGCAUAAAACAAAACAAAAAUCAUUGACAGUUAACAUUUGUUCAAGAUCUAGGAUGAGGUUAACAUGAUAAUUGGCUUAGUAGUCCAUUGUGCCUUCAAGGUGUUGAGCCAUUUCGCCUUGCCCUGGACUAUUUAACACAGGCUUACUACAAGAACUUGACUGCUGCUGCAUGAAUUCUCAUUUAACAGUGUUUAGGUUCUUUUAUGUGUCCUAAUCUGAAUGGCGCUGUUUUCCUGUGAAUCUCAAUCAAAGCUUGAUUUUUGAAUAGAGAAUGUUUGGGCAAAGGAUCCAGCAAAGUUUCUCUUUAAUUCCAUAAAACUUCAACUUUGUCAAGCUGUGUAGGGUUUUUUGCAGCAGGAGCAGCUACACUGAUGUACAGAAGAGCUGCACACUACACAAUAUACAAGAGGUUUACACCUACCUUCUGGAACACACAUACACACAAACGUGCAUGUUUGAUAGAGCAUGAGUCAAGGUUGUUCAUUCAAUUACAAGAGCAGCGUGUUCAGAAUGAGGAGGCUUCUGCUUUGUGAGCAAUGACUUGAGCUUCACUCUUAACAGUGCCACUGCUGUCCGAUAUGCAUUCAGAAGAUGUACAUUAUAUAAAUGUACAUGUAAAUGUAAAUUAUAUUUUCUAACCAUGUUGUUUUCCUGUCAGUUAUGUUUACCUGUUUUCCUUACCAUAGCAUUUACCUUACAGUGGGUUACAGUUAAAACCAGCUGCCAACUUUGCUUUUUCAUUGUGAAUUCGCUUUUUGUAUGUAUGUUCGGUUAAAUUGCUGCCAUGGCGCCCUGUUACAUGGAUGAUUUUAUACGUUGUCAUCGAACACCUCAUGGUUGAGCACUAACUGUGCAUCACACAGAGACAGCUGGUCAGCUCAGCCUGCCUUCUACUGCAGCCUCAAAGAAGACCUCCAUCCAUACAUCACUCCAUGAAGGCAAAUGAGUGACACUACUUUCCUUUUUUAAGGUAAUUAUACUAUUCAGACUAUACAUAAACACGCACACACGCCCUUGAUAUGUGGUUUGAACAUAACAACGAUGAUAACGGAUUAUCGGCUCCAGAAACAAAAUCAUAACCCACAUGUUUUGCUUUCAGUUCUAUUGAGUUCAAU